UGAAAACCACACAUAAAUUCAACGCGCGAACUGCACAUGUGAAGCUUGCUAGGCCUAGCUAGUGUAGGCUUUCAGAAGUAGGGUAGAUAUAGAUUCGUCUACAUAUUUAACCAAUUAGGUCGUACUAUUUUGUAGAGGACAUAAUUUGUAGUAGUUUAUUUACUGAUCUAUUCGGUCUAACCAAUUGAUAAAAAUGGGAGAUAAAGUUUUAUUGCUUGGCAGUGGAGGAAGAGAACAUGCAAUUUCCUGGAAACUUUCCAAAUCAGAAAAUGUAUCGGAAGUGCUCGUAGCCCCUGGCAACGCAGGAACAGGGAAUCUUGCCAAAAUUAGCAAUGCCGGCCCUGGUGUUCCUGUCUCAGACUACCCAAAGCUUGCCAAGUGGUGUAAAGACAACAACGUGAGUCUGGUAGCUGUUGGCCCCGAAGCCCCCCUUGCAGCAGGCAUAACGGAUGCUCUGAGUCAGGCUGGGAUUGCUUGCUUUGGACCAUCAAAAUCGGCAGCUGAGAUUGAGUCGAGCAAGGAGUUUGCGAAAGGUUUCAUGGAUAGGCACGGCAUUCCAACGGCUCGGUGGAAAUCGUUUACAAAUCCUGAAGAAGCUUGCCAACAUAUUAACAGUGCAUCUUACAAUGCUCUCGUGGUGAAGGCAAGCGGACUAGCUGCUGGAAAGGGAGUUGUCGUAGCAAACAGUAAGGAUGAAGCCUGUCAGGCAGUCAAGGAUAUGAUGCAGGACAAAGUUUUUGGAACAGCAGGCGAUACGGUUGUUGUAGAAGAAUUACUAGAAGGUGAAGAGUGUUCAGUUUUAGCAUUUACUGAUGGUAAAAGCGUUGUUGCUAUGCCUCCAGCCCAGGACCAUAAGAGAUUACUUGAGGGGGACAAAGGACCAAACACAGGGGGCAUGGGAGCAUAUUGUCCCUGUCCACAGGUUUCAGCCACUUGUUUACAAAAAAUUAAUGAACAAGUCUUGAAAAAGACAGUUGAUGGAAUGAGGGAAGAAGGAAGACAAUAUGUUGGUGUGCUAUAUGCUGGUAUUAUGCUAACUAAAGAUGGACCAAAAGUUUUGGAAUUCAAUUGUCGAUUUGGCGACCCGGAAACACAAGUGCUAAUGGUCAUGCUGAAAAGUGACCUCUACCCAAUCAUGAAGGCUUGUGUCAAUGGCAACCUCACCUCUGACCUUGUCAGUUUUCAUAGCAACCAGAGUGCUGUUGCUAUAGUGAUUGCGAGUGGGGGAUACCCAGCGUCAUAUAAGAAAGGAAUGGAAAUUAAGGGAAUUCAACGUGCUGAAAAAGAAUUGGGUCAGAUAGUUUUUCACGCCGGGACCACAAGAAAAGAUGACAAGAUCGUCACUUCUGGAGGUCGUGUCUUAGCAACAGUUGCCAUGGCAGCAGAUCUACCUUCAGCAGCAUCCAAGGCUCUUGAAGGGGCAGGGGUAAUAGAAUUUGAUGGGGCUAUAUUUAGAAGAGAUAUUGCAAAGAAAGGUUGUGAUUUCUUAGGCAGAAGCAAAUCCUCCGGAUUGACAUACGCAGAAUGUGGAGUGAGUAUCACCGCCGGGAACAGUUUAGUUGAUGCAAUUAAACCACUGGCACUGGGAACAUCGAGGGUAGGCUGCAGUUCUGUUCUUGGGGGCUUUGGCGGAGUGUUUGACACAAAGGCCGCUGGUUACAAAGAUCCACUGCUGAUUUCAGGCACAGAUGGAGUGGGCACUAAGUUGAAGAUAGCUCAGGGUGUUGGUGAACACUCAAGUGUCGGGAUUGACUUAGUUGCAAUGUGUGUGAACGAUAUCCUAGCCCAUGGUGCAGAAGCUCUUUUCUUUCUUGACUACUUCGCAUGUGGCCAGCUUGAUGUUGCUGUUGCUAGGGAUGUUGUUAGUGGAGUUGCAGAGGGGUGCCGUCAAGGUGGAUGUGCCCUUUUGGGUGGGGAAACAGCCGAAAUGCCUGGUAUGUAUUCUAAUGGUGAGUACGACCUGGCUGGGUUUGCUGUCGGUGCGGUAGAACGUGAUCAGACAAUGCCACGAAUAGCGGACAUUCAGGCUGAUGAUGUUAUUGUUGGAAUAGCAUCAUCUGGUAUUCAUAGCAACGGUUUCAGUUUGGUGAGGAGACUAGUAGAAAAGAUGGGAUUGUCAUACAAUGACCCUUGCCCGUUUGAGGCAGGAAAAACUUUAGGCCAGUGCUUACUAACUCCAACUAAGGUUUACAGUAAAACACUUCUACCAUCAAUUCGAAGUGGAAAAGUAAAAGCUUUUGCUCACAUCACUGGAGGAGGUUUAACUGAAAAUAUACCAAGAGUUUUACCAAAACAUCUUUGUGCACACCUCAAUGCAAAAUGGAACAUUCCACCUGUAUUUGGAUGGAUAGCUGCUGCUGCAAAUGUCAGUGAGGCAGAGAUGGCUAAGACAUUCAAUUGUGGCAUUGGAGGGGUGUUUAUUGUAAAGGAAUCUGAUGCGGAAGAAGUGAUGCAGAUGGUCAGAGAAAAUGGUGAAGCAUGUUGGACUGUUGGAAAUAUUUCACUGACUGGUGCUAAUGGUGAACAAGUUAUCAUCGAUGGUUUACAGGAAGCACUGUUGCAAACUACCCCUAAGAAUGGUAUUAUGUCAUCUACAAAUUCCCCCUCAAAUAAAAUGAAAGUUGGUGUUUUAAUCUCAGGAACAGGAACCAAUUUGCAGGCGUUAAUUAACCACACUAAAAACCCACUGAAGCCAAGUCAGGCAGAGAUUGUGCUGGUGAUUUCCAACGUUCCUGAUGUCUUGGGGCUAGAAAGGGCAAAGAAAGCAGGUAUACCAACAAAGAUAAUAAGUCAUAAGAACUACAAGAAGAGAGUUGACUUUGACAUGGUUGUGAACGAAUCACUGAAGGAAGCUGGCGUUGAAGUAGUUUGCUUGGCCGGCUUCAUGCGCAUCCUCAGCGGAGAGUUUGUAAGAAAGUGGCAGGGUCAUUUGAUAAAUAUCCAUCCAUCUCUGCUGCCUUCAUUCAAAGGGAUGCAUGCUCAUAAAUUGGCAUUGGAAGCUGGAGUUAGAAUAAGUGGAUGCACUGUACACUUCGUGGAGGAGGAAGUUGACGCUGGUGCAAUCCUAGUCCAGAAGACAGUAAAAGUCAUGCCAACUGAUACAGUCUCAUCCUUACAAGAACGAGUCAAGACCGCGGAACAUAUUGCAUACCCAACGGCACUCGAGCUUGUUGCUAGGAAAAUUGCAGUCCUCGGUAGUGAUGGGAGAAUCAAAUGGAAUGGUGACCCAGAUGACCUUUAACCUGCAUUUAAAUUUUUCUGUUGGUUUAUCGAUGGACUUUACAGUUUCUUGAGGAAUCUUUCAUCAUUAAUAUUGAACAUAUUGUUAUUUUAUAACUUACUUUUGUUAUUAUUUUUACGGUACCGAUUAUGGGCAGACACUUUGUAAAAUGCGGUGCCCACAUGCAAUAUCGGCCCACUGUGCUCGGCAGACUAGAUUUUCUUCUGACUUUUUUUGCUUAUGUGGUACCAGUGUGCCCUAGCCGCGAGAAAAACAAUUUUUCGUGGAGGAAAAUGAACUUUUCGUAUUUUUAGAAUCUAUAAUCGUUUAAUUGACAUACUAAGGGUAUUGCAAUCUCUGGACCCCACCAAGAUAUUGACCAAUGCCCGACCACACUCACUCACAUUCUAAUCGAAGUCACUGGACAUGCCUGGUGCCACCGCUGCAUUUUUGCAAAUAUACAGAUUUGCAGGCACCGUGGGCCCUGUAGUAGUUGCGGACUGACUGCAUUUUAUUAUGAUAAAGGAAAAAUUGAGGUCAAUGUGACCAGCAGUUCAUGGCCUGACUUUACCCACUUGAGUCAGUACUGAAGAAUUGAGUUUUGAAUUUUCAUUUAUUAAAAUUUAUGAUUAUGUACACUACCAGCAAGGCAUUAAUUCAUGAUUAAAUGGCACAACAAUGCAAGUUUAUUAUUAUUUCUAUUAUUUUUAAUAAUUAUUAUUUUUUCUUAUAUUAUAUUACUUGUGAUUAAAACAUAACAGGGUAAAGAUAUCUAUCAUACUGUAUGUAUAAUAUGUUGACAAAUAAACUAACUUGCAUACAGAAAAUAA